AUUCAUGUAGUGGUUAACGAGGCUUUAUAAAGGCUUUAUAAGAUGCACUUCAUUUAAAGCAGAACUUUGUUUUUAUUUAACAUAUAUUGUAGGAAUAAAUUAUCAAUAAAUGGUGAGCAAACUCUUUAUAAAUGUCUUAGAAAUGGUUUAUUGAUGGACAUUAAAGUGUUCGUGAGAAGUGAAAUGGUUUCAGGAAGUACUUCCGUGGCUCAGAGUAGACACACACACACACACAUGCACACACACUCAGAGUGGUUCUCAUACACACUGCAGGAGCAGACCUUCCUGUACUGGGGUGGUAACUGGACAUAGAAGUAUUGAGGGGACUGUAGUAAACAGGGUGUACAGGGUCUAAAGAGACUUGAACUAGCUGGGAGCCACAAGUCAUCAUGGUUAACCUGCUAGUCCUCACACUGAAGGUUGUCCUCCUCUUAGCUGCUGUGUGGAGUGUGUAUUCAGCAGAGUUGAUCACAGUGGAAGGAUAUGAGGGGGGCAAGGCAGAGAUCAGAUGCCCCUAUAGAGAGCAGUUGAGGAGCCACCAGAAGUACCUCUGUAAAGGGGAUUGUCCUGUUUUUAAUAAAAACAAAGUUAUUAAGACUGAGGCAGGGGAAAACAGUACUUCUAAAGGGAGAUACUCGCUGAAGGACAUCAGAGAGGAAAGUGUCUUCAUUGUGACAAUCACCAAACUGAUGAUUAACGAUUCUGGGAAAUACUGGUGUGGAGUGACCAAUUUAUUGGCAGAUGACUACACUGAAGUCAACCUUACAGUCUCUAGAGAUACAUCAGUGGUCAUCAUAGUAUCUGGGACUCUGGUCAUGCUGCUAUUGGUGCUUGUGGUCAGCCUGCUCAUAGUCUAUAGAUGGAAAUUCAACAAGGAAACAGCUGACUCCUCAGCACCCAGGGUGAACACAGACACUCGGAUCAACAUAGAGGGUUGUCAUGGUGAUGGUGACUAUGAGGAAAUAAAGGACCGCCCCCUACAGUCCAGUUCAGGUAGUGAGAUCACCACCAUCUACUCCACUGCCAACUUACCCACAAGCCCCUCUGACUGUCUCAACUACGCCAACAUCAACUUCCACAAGGACCCCUCUUCCAUCUGAUGUUUCCAUGACUUCUCACUUCCUUCUGAUGUUUCCCUGACUUCUCUCUUCCAUCAGAUGUUUCCCUGACUUCUCUCUUCCAUCAGAUGUGUUUCCCCGACUUCUCUCCUCCAUCAGAAGUUUCCCUGACUUCUCUCUUCCAUUAGAUGUGUUUCCCUGACUUCUUUCUUCCAUCAGAUGUGUUUCCCUGACUUCUCUCUUCCAUCAGAUGUGUUUCCCUGACUUCUCUCUUCCAUCAGAUGUGUUUCCCUGAAUUCUCUCUUCCAUC